AAAAAUAAACAUGGCUGAGACAAAACCGCUAUCGUUUGGUUUCUCUAAAAAGAUUGAGAAAAAAGAGAUUUUAAAAUCAUCUGUGGCUGAGAAAGAAAAGGAAGAGGACACAGCAAUCGAUUAUGUUACUUCAGUAGAUAACAAAACAUUAAAGGGAACAAAACCAGAAAAGGAGAAAAAAGAGUAUGUGAUUCCCCUGAUCAAACAAAAUAAAUGGAGGAGAGAGGAUAUAUUAAAGAAGGAGAAGGAUCGGGAUCAGCCACUUAAAGGAAAAGAUGCUGAGGAGGAUGAAGCCUUGAAGGAAAUUUUAGAGGAUGCAGCUCGUAAGAAUGAAGCAUGGGAUGAACAAGGAAAGGUAGAAGACUCUGACCUCCACAUUCCUCUGUUGAUGCAGAAUAAAGUUCCUGAGGGCUUUGAGACCGACGACAAACUCGAUGUGUCACUGAGACCUAGUGAACCAGAUGAGGCAGAUUAUGAUGAGAUUCCUAUUGAACAAUAUGGCAUGGCUAUGUUACGAGGAAUGGGUUGGAAAGAUGGCGAGGGGAUAGGAAAGCACAAAAAAAAUGUUGCACCUGUCACUGCCACUCUUCGACCUAAGGGUCUUGGUUUGGGGGCUGAUAUCUCUGAAGCCAAACAAGCUAGGUGGAACGGAGAGGACAAAUCAAAAGACAAAGAUGAGGACAUCCUGACUUUUAAAAAGGGAGCUUACUGUGUUCUUACUAAGGGAGUCAACAAAGACUUGUAUGGAGUAAUCGAGGGUCUGGAUGAGGACAACGCUCGAGUGAUGGUGAAGCUGACACUGUCUGGUAAAAUAGUGACACAGAGCCAGUACAGUGUCAAACUGGUCAGCAAGAAGGAGUACAACAAGUACUCCAAGUACCUCAACAAAGGAAAAACUGAUGAAUACAAAGAGAAAGAAAGACAGAAGAAUGAGUCCAAGAAGCGAUCCAGGUCAAGGUCUCGAGAACGAUCUCAUAAAAGGUCACACAAACACAGAUCAAGGUCAAGGUCAAAGGGAAGGUCAGAAAAAUAUGAAUCAAGGUCAAAUGAAAAAUCUCACAGACGAGACAAAGAAGACAGAAAGAAAGAUUACAAAGAGAGAAAUGGGUCUCACAGGGAAGAAGAGAGUAGGAUUGGGGAGAGUAGACUUCAGGAGGAGGCGGACAGGCAUUAUCAAGAAGCAAGGAAGAGGAAGUAUGAAGAAAGAGAACAUGUUCCACAUCCAUCAGAAAUCUGGGUGAGGCCACAAAUUAAAGUCCGAAUUAUCGACAAGAAUUACAAGAAAGGAAAGUACCAUAAAAGCAAGGUAACAGUUUUAGAUGUUCCAGGGCCAGAAAACUGUAUUUGUAAAUCAGAAGAAGGAAAUGUGUUGGAAGGUCUAGCUCAAUCUCAGUUGGAGACAGUCAUCCCAAAAUCUGAGGGUGCAUUUGUUCUGGUUGUCUCAGGGAAGUACAGAGGACAGCUUGGAGAAGUGAUAUCAAAGAACAAGAAGAAGUCAAUGGCUGCAGUGCAGUUGUUACAGGAUAGAGACAGUGUGAUGAACAUUGACUUUGAUCAUAUAUGUGAAUUUGUGGGCGACAUUCAUGAACAGUUUGACUAUUAAAAAAGAUAGUUCAUCUUUGACUCGCAACUCAUCUAUUAAAAAAUAAACAGAAUUUUUAUGCAUUUUAA